AAAUUUCCCGCCUACUUUCUACAAACAACAUAUUGAAUUAUUUUUUUACUAAAAAAAAAUAAUAAUAUACAGUUAAACCAUAUGAUUUGAUCUAGUUUAUAACAUAAUUUCUAUUUUCUUCAAUUAAACACAAAAUUGAAAAAUGGGUAAAAAGUCUAGUAUUUCUAUAAAUAAAAGUAAAGAAAAACGUCAAGCUAGGAAGCUAGAACAACGUCGCAUAGCGGAUGCCAUGUCACAGGUUACUAGUGCAAAUAAAAUUGAGGAUUUAGCAGCCCUGUGCAAAGAGCUUCUUGUAUACCAAACAAAAGACUUACAAGUGGAGAUGCUCAUACAACGUGUGAACCAACUAGACAAAAAUGUUCUCAAUUGGGCAAUAGACCUCACUGAGAGGAAUAUGAAGAAAUUAUAUGAAACCUGUGCCUGGGGCUGGAAUAAAGAGCGUAAAGUUGAAGAAAUGACUGAUGAUUCAGCAUGGUAUAUCAUUGCUAAAGAGAAAAAUGGAACACUUCUUGCUUUUUCACACUUCAGAUUUGACAUGGACUAUGGAGAACCAGUUCUUUACUGUUACGAAGUACAAGUGGAAGCAGCUGGCCGGCGGCGCGGUCUCGGGCAGCGUGUUCUCUGCGUGCUGGAGAAGUUGGCGCGCGUCACACGCAUGCGGUUCGUGCGCCUCACCGCACUCACACACAACCCUUCCGCGUACGCUUUCUUCAAAGCCUGCGGGUAUAGUUUAGACGAGACGAGCCCGCCUAUAGAGGAAGCAGCUCACUAUGAGAUCCUGAGCAAAGCGAUCGAUACCAAUGACAGCCAAAAGGACGAGGAAACUUCACAAACAGAAAAGUGCCCACUCAGCGACGGCAUGAAAGCGGUGUCGGUCAACACUCAACAAUCAUAGCGUACGAAACGUGUAAUGUGCAGGAGAAUGACAAAAGACAUUUUAAUUAGAACACUGUAAGAAAGUUGAUGAUGUAUAACUUAGUUCGUACUCAUAGCUCCUAGAUGUCUUUUUACAGAUAAAUACUCUUUAUUGUUCUCUCUAAAUAGUUACAGUAGUAAACUAGCUUUUUAGUUUUUUUGCUAAGUUUACUACUUCAAAUGUAGCCUUAUUGCAUACGAAAGAACUGGACGCCCGACGCAGCUUCUUUUAUUCUGUGUCAUGCACCAUUUCCUUUUCCGUUCAGGCUGGAACUAUAUAAUAGCCUAUAGAACUCGCUACCACCUUCUAUAUGGAGUGCCCGGUCUUUAGCUUGGUUUAAUGGACAAGUCAAAUCGCAUUUUCCUUCACUGUAAUUACUCUAUUCCUUUCUUCUGUAAUAUUAUACGGGGUCCAUCAUAUUUCCUUUUUUAUGCUAUGUAUAUAUAUCUUAUUGUUAUAAUAAGUAGUUUUAUAAAUAUGUAUUUAAUAUUUUUUGCAAUAUAUGUUUUUGUAUUUUAUGCACAUAAAAAUCAUUAAUUCACUCUUCCGCCAUCUACCCAUUUCUAUAUGUUCUCCUUUAACUAAAGGUUGUCAGUAAGAGAUUGCCCUAGCGAUAAGACCGCCUCUUGUACCUUUAUGCUACUGUAUUUCACUUGAAUUGUUUAAUUGUCAUUGCAUAUUUUUAUGUUUCUGGUGCAAUAAAGAGUAUAAUAAAUCAAUAAAUAAAAUAAUGCAUACUGUAGCAAUAAUGUAUUUAUCGAUACAUAUCGAUAUUCAUGUUCCACUUGUCCCUAAAUUUAUUUUAAUUUGAAACUUGAACGAAUGGUUACGUUAUAGACCAACUACAACUAGAUAAUUUGUUAAAUUAAAAUAUCAAACUGAAUUUUAGCUUU